AUGUCAUCUUUGAAACGGUCAUCGAAAGUCGGUCAACGUAUUCAUCGUGAACGUCCUCAGCCAGAAUCGCGAGCACAAUUUGGUCUUUUGGAGAAGAAGAAGGAUUAUGUUCAGCGCGCUCGAGAUUACAAUUACAAGAAAGAGAAGUUACGAAGCCUGCGACAGAAGGCAUUGAAUCGGAAUCCGGAUGAAUUCCAUUUCCAUAUGAUUCGAAGCCAUGUUGGAGAUGAUGGAGUACAUCACGAAAAUACCCCAGAACCUGAUGAAGACACAUUGGUGCAAAAGAAAUUAAAGGAUUUAGAGGAUUUGAAAUAUGUGAAACAUCGAUUGAAUGUUGAAAACCAAAAGAUUGAAAAACUGAGAGCAACCUUACAUUUUGCGGACACUGUAGUUGCGAAAAAUACCCAUACCAUUUUCGUGGACACAGAACAAGAAGCAAAAAGUUUUGAUCCGGUAAAGUAUUUCAAGACGCCGAAAGAAGUUUUGGAUAGAAGGUAUAAUCGACCACGUAUUUCUACUCUUCAGAGUAGCGCUAUCAUAAACGCCGGAAAAAAAGAUGAUGUGAAGCAAGCAGAUCACGAGCGGCGAAAGAUGUACAGUGAACUAUUGAAAAGGAUGCAACGUGCCAAAGAAUUGAAGAUCGUUGUUGAGAAAUUGGAAGUUAGAAGGAAUGUAGCAGAAAGUAAAGGGAAGGAACUGCGGCCCAAAAAGAUAGCUAAGGGAGAACCGAUGAAAGCCCCAAUAUAUAAAUGGAUUUAUGAACGAAAAAAGUAA